UAGUUUUUGCAGUAACUUAGAUUAGGCGUGUUAUUAUAAUGUCAACAAAUACUCCCACUAUACCUGAAAAAGAUAUUGAAAGAUCGAAAUGUCUCGUGAUACCUGGAUGGAUUUUACUUUUUAUCCUAUUCGUGGCUCAGAUUGGGUUAUUUAUCGCGUUUUUCGUCGUUCAUUUAAAGAGUUGCUAUCCUCUCAUUUUGAUCGUUUACGUGCUUCCCCUCUUUUUCUUUGGUUGCUUUUGUUAUUUUAACGAGAAAUUUUAUGUAGACCGAAAUAAAUCUAUUCGCGGUGUUUGGAUUAUUUGGGGAACUUAUAUCUUGGCUUAUGUUAUCACAGUUGCUGUAUUCUUUGCAACGUUUGCAGGCAAUUUGACCAAAGAAGAUGUGCUUGGUAUCAAUGCUUUAAUGGGAACAUUAUGUAUAACACCAGGACUUUUGAUCUUACUUGUACAGCUCACCAUUUGUCCUUCCUAUCGAAAAUCGAUUCUCCCUAUUGCAUUUUUCGAUGCUUUAAACAUUUUUGAUGGAAUUGAAAUGUUGGAAGUUUACCUGAUGCAAAAGGAAGCGAACUUCGAAUUGGAUGAGAGUAUUGAAAUAGCAAUUAUAAUCUUUGCUUGUCUUUGUUUUUUCAUCUCUCCCUUUGGCUUAUGUGAAAACAAGUUUAAGCCAGAUGGCGAAGUGGAACAAAGAAGUAAUUCGUUGUGGUUUUGGCUUCUUAGAUUGCUUUAUGUCGUCAUUAAUAAUCUACCAUUUCUCAUCAUCAGAGCGAUCAUUUGGGAAAAGUAUGAAUCUGCUAUCUUCAUGGGAAAGAAUGCCAUCGCUUUACUGAUGGAAUUCGUUCAAUUUCUUAUUUCAAAGCAGUGCUGCAAGUGUGAGGUGAAACCUAAGACAAGUAAUACAGAUCAUUCAAAGGAAGACGAGUCCAGUCUUUAAAUAAAUAAAGACACUUUUGCACACUUAAGUUCACUUUUUGUUGAUUAUCAAUAAAGUAUAUUUUGUAAAAUGAAGACUUUUUCGAAAAAUUUAGAAAUUUAAAAUUUGUUUUAAAAAGAGCAAACACUAUGGUGAAUGGUUAAAAUAAUAACACAUUAGUUCUUAAAGAAGUGUUUGAAACCAGAAAACUAACGCAACAAUUCUGAAAGAACUGUUUUUAAAGCUGCAUAGUGUCUUUCAGCUUUAUCGACUUUAUUUCAAAGUCAUAAUCAAGCCAAGUGAUGAUGACUUUGGUUUGAUUUACUGACCAAGUAAUGAUAUGGCUUGAUAACGACUUUGAAAUUAAGUCAAAAUAUUGCUUUUAAAUCUUGUCUCCUGUCAAUAUAACUAGAAUCUUGAGUUUACAGUACAGUAUUUUGAAUUGGGUGGAAUUUUUAUGUGAUAUUUUUGCCAUCAGUCUGUAUAUACGUCUCUUUUUUCUCUUUAUGGUAAAUGGAAAUCAACAUGAUGUUUGAAAUCUGUUUCUGUGAGUUGAAAGAGUUGGAUUGGAAGACAUGAAAACUUUACUGAUUACACAUUACAAUCACGAUAAACACUAUUAAUGUAUAUACACAUUUUAAUUUUUGCAUAAGCCAUUAGAAAAUGCUGUUGACAUAAAAAUUCAUGCCUAACUAUUUUAAAGCCUUGAAAAUGUAACAUGUAGCGAAUUAAACCUUUUUGUUCAAAACAAA